AACCAACUAUCCAGAUAAGUUAUCAGUAUCAUCUAAUAAAACGAUAAUUUGACAUUUUACGCUGCUUGAUUUACAUGAUUCAGUUCGUUCCGAACAGUCGACCCUCACGUUACGAUGAGCGGCAGCGACAGCAACUCUUCACCGAUCUUAUCACAGCGUUUGCUGGACUUAAGCCAGGAAGAUAAGCGCAAAUUUAUAGAUUCCUUCGAUUACGUGCUGACGGAUUGCGAUGGAGUUGUGUGGAAUCUUUACGGACCAAUUGAAGGUACUGGCCAGGCCAUCGGAGCACUCAAGGCUGCUGGGAAGCGAGUAGUGUACGUUUCGAAUAACAGCGUUCGACCGCUGGAAAACUACCAGGAGCAGAUUCGAAAGCUGGGCCAUGAAGUAACCGAGGAGGAUCUUGUACACCCGGCUGUUAGUAUUGUCAGGUAUUUGAAGUCGAUCAAUUUCAACGGAUUGAUCUACGCGAUUGGAUCGAAUGCUUUCCUGAAAACUUUAAGGGAUGCUGGCUACGAAGUGCUCAGUGGGCCCGACGACCCUCAACCGGAGUCACUGCAGGUUGUAAUUCCCGUAAUUCACGAUAAGAAACCUGUCAAAGCGGUGAUAGUGGACUAUGACUUCAACUGCAGCCAUAUCAAGCUGUUACGAGCCGAGAUGUACCUGAAAUGUGAUCAGGAGUGUCUGUUCAUUGGAGGUGCAACGGACUACCGGGUCGUGUUUACGCCAACUUAUAGCUCGAUCGGAACGGGAUAUUACACGGAAAUUUUGGAACGGAGCGUUGGGAGGAAGGCAGUUACGCUGGGGAAACCUGGAACUCACUUGGUGCAACAGUUGAAGGAGUAUUACGGAAUCGAGCAGGAUAAACGGGUGCUGUUCGUGGGAGAUAUGAUUGCACAGGAUGUGGCCUUUGGAAAGGUGGCCGGGUUUCAGACGCUGUUGGUGCUUACGGGAGGUUCUAGUAAGGCAGAAUUGGAUGCCUUGGGUGACGGGGACAACGUACCAGACUAUUACACAGAAAGUUUUGCGGAUUUGGAAAUAGUAUUUAAAAAAUAAGCCGUUGUGUAAUUGACUUACGUUUUCGCAUAUUGA